AUGAACGACAACAGGAACCUAACAACUGCCCAGAGGGGCCUGAACUCUCCAGAUCCGACGACUGAGGAUCCCACAGAGAAUAUUAUGGCCGGUUCCCGGGCGUCCAUGGGUGUUCCGACGCCUGUCGGAGGCGAGCACUCACCUGCUCGCCCCCAGCCGCAUCCACAGCCCUAUUUGCAGCCGGUCUUACGACCAUACCGAGAGUCUCGCUUUCAGGAGGAGGUCCCCGAAGACGCCCCCCAGCAGGGUAGCCACCGUAGAAGCCUUAACACUGCCCCGUCACAAGCUGAUCAUCGACGUGGCUCCCCGUUUCAUCCGGGAAGACUUCCUAUGCCCAAGCGAAGGUACGCGUUCCGCUGGAAUGAUCGGGAGCAGUGCCUAUCCCUAAUCACAGAGAAUGGUGUGCUGAACCACAAUAGUCGUGAUACGAUGAUGGUAGAUAUCGUCGAGGACACUAUCCAGACAGCCCUUGAAGUUUCGGCGUCUACUUCUUAUCAGCUGUCACCGCUAAAACCAGCCGUCCCGGCCGCGAACGGGGGAGAGAGGUACCGGCCACCACCGCUCAAUCUUGAAGACGCCCACGGCUAUGCUUCAGUUGGUGGAUAUACAGACGUCCAACCUAUUCACUAUCCUAUAUCUUCUCAGCGGGUGAGCACGGUACGGCCUCUCGAGGGCCCUUCGUCUUCAAUCUACCCAGACAGUGCCCGCUACCAGGCCCAGUCUUAUAGCCCUCUUAGCGUCGCUAGUCCUCACGCAGACGUCGAAGGAUCCGAAACAGAACAGGGCGAUAUCAUUAUCUGCUACGAGGGCUGGCGUGAGAAGAAGGCGGGUGGCGAGGAACCAACGCGCCCUGCCGAAGGCCAUCCUCACUCGGAGAACAAUCACUUCCCUCGUCCAAAUGAAACCGCCCCGGCCGGAGAGCUUUCUCUCUCACAUCUUCGCCCUACCCUACCGAAAUCCACAACUCAGGGCGAUAUCCCCACGGAAAGUGACGCACUGCCGUUGACGCCGCUCACACCGCUCGUCAUGAAUGGCAAGACCAGGAUUGCUCGGAAGACCUUGAUCGGAGAUGGCGGUUGGCUCGAGGACACCACAGUGCAGCCGCCGCCGCCUCCGCCUCCGCCGCCUCCGCCUCCGCAGCAGCAGCAUAAGGGUGUGAGCUUCUUCAGCAACUUCAAAAAGAAAGCUCGAAAACUGGCGGAGAGGGCCGAGUUCAAGGCCACGCAGCCCCGAACACCCACCGCACAAGAGCUGAGCAUCUCGCUCGACCCGCGCGAACAGAGUCACCUCUACUGCGAGCUUGAGUAUAACCUGAGCGACAUGAUCUGCGUGUACGUCAACACACAGCUGCAGACGGGACGUUUGAACCCCCAUAUACACGCCAAGAUCUCAGACACAUGGCUGCAGAAGGGCCGCCCGAAUGUGAUAGGGUUCCGAUACGACCUCGAGACCCAGGUGGUGCUAAUCUUAGAGCACGUCGGGCUUUUUAAGUUCAUGGGCCCGCUGCGUGCGAACCAUGAGCGCAUCCGUGGCCUGCUAUACAGCAUCAAGGCGGACGCGGGCGAGAUGCGCUUGCACACCCUCUGCCAGCCUGACCCUAUCAUCUCGAAGCACUUGGUCAAUGCGCGCGCCCUGGCCCAGCUUCUGGGCUCUCCUGAACAUCUGCAAAACGCACUCGCUACGGCCUGGGACUUCUUCCAGACGAUCGUCGAGCGCGCGCGACAGGCUCGCCUCAAGGCGGAGGCGGAGGCGGAGGCGGGAGACACCCCGAAUUCUCUCGCCGGGAGGGACGCAACCCCUUCUGCCGCUCCUCUCCCGUCACCCCCGCAGGAACGCCCUAUAGACGUGCAAGACCACCGCAUUGCCAAUAGACUUGAAAAGAGCGGCAUCGACGGCGAAUACACUAGCUCUCCUGGCCGUAUUUCUGUGGAUUACUACGGCGACAAGCACAGGAACAAGGACAAGGACCGCGAUGGCAACGGCCACGCCCACAAUACCUUCUACAAGGACAAGCAGGGCGAAAAUGCCAACGAGCCCGGCCAUCACGCCGGCGGCAGCACACAGGGCGGGGGGGGCGGCAAGAAAAGCAGCAUUCCGCCGGCGAUCCCCGAGCCGCGGGAGACGUUCCCGGGCACGGAGAGGGUCCCUAACCAGAUCCACGUGCCGCCCGCGCAGCGCAAGUUCAGCGGCCCGAUCCUCGAGGCCAAGGUCUACGACCCGAACGCGCCCCAGCGGUCGCGGCCCGUCGAGCAGCCCCCGACCCGGCGGCCGCGUCCGCGGGAGAGCCAGCGCCAGUUGCGCCAGCUACACCAGCAGCACCAGCAGAACCGGGACCGCGCUCCCGAUCCGCGCCCCCAGCCUCCCGAGUCGCUGCUGCCACAUGGCCCGCUGGCGCCGGCGGACCCGCAGCGCGAACCGCACUACCUCCGGGAUCCGCAGCUGCAGCACAGACGCCACUGAGCUGUGCUGCUGUACUGCUACGUUAGAUUGCGCGGGCUUUGCUCUCGUGGCUGGCGGGAUGGUUAAGCUGGCUACGGGGCCGUCAAACGCUGCCGACGGAUGCUUUGUCGACGGAGACAUCGUAGCUCGACUCGACUGCGCCGGAAACCCCCCUUCUUCUCCGGGAGCUGUGCGUUGGGGACGCGGCGCCGCAUUUCUCUUCUUUCUGUUCCAUGCUCUCGACGGUUCCCUAAGUUCGGUCUUGCUCUUUUACCGACCGCUCCCCAUUUCUCUCCUUACUCUCUUUUCGUCUCCUUUUUCUUUUCAGUUCUUUCUCUUGUACUUGGCACGACACCACGAGACUACACCGGCCAACAGAGGCGGCGGUGGAGGCGAGGAGAAGGAGGCGUAGCGGAUAUACCUACGUGUAGCCGGUAUGCUACGAGUACGCCGUGUCUUCUUCGUCUCUCCUAUCAUCAUCUUCGUGGCCAUUAUCGUUCUCUCUCUCCUUCUCGCCCACCACUGGCUCGUCGCCGGCACAGAGUAUCGGCUCGUCACGAGACACCUGCUUGACUGACCUAUGCGGGAUAGCAAUGCUAUGCCUUCGUUCCCUCCACCGGUAAGGAGGAUAAACCGAUCGGGAUACGAUGGCUACACAUAUGCACACGCAUCCUUCUCAAAAACCUGCCUGCUCACUCGCCGGCUCAUCCGCU